AUGAAAAUGAUGCAAAGCGCCGCCGUGUUGUCCAGCGAGAGCGCCGUGAAGCCCGACAUGCUCGUGCCACUGCAGCAGGUCCCGGAGUGUGCGGGAUGUAACCAGCGUAUCCUGGAUAAGUUUGUGUGUAAGGUUCAGGACCUGCACUGGCACUCCAGCUGUCUGAGGUGUGCAGAGUGUGAGGAGCUGCUGAGCGACAGGUGUUACUGCCGAGGAGGACACGUCUACUGCAGAGAACACUUCUACACGCGUUUUGGGACGAAGUGUGCGUCAUGUCAGCAGGGCAUCCCUCCUUCUCAGGUGGUUCGCAAAGCGCAGGACUUCGUUUAUCACCUGCACUGUUUCUCGUGUGUGAUGUGCAGCAGGCAGCUGGCCACCGGAGAUGAGUUCUACCUGAUGGAGGAUGGACGACUGGUCUGCAAGGUGGACUAUGAAACCGCCAAACAGAACGAUGACUCGGAGUCAGGAGCGAAGCGUCCUCGCACCACCAUCACAGCCAAACAGCUAGAGACGCUGAAGAGUGCGUAUAAAAACUCUCCGAAACCCGCGCGACAUGUCCGAGAGCAGCUGUCCUCCGAGACCGGACUGGACAUGCGUGUAGUACAGGUCUGGUUCCAGAACAGACGAGCGAAGGAGAAGAGGUUAAAGAAAGACGCUGGACGUCAUCGCUGGGGUCAGUUUUAUAAAAGUGUUAAGCGGAACAGAGGAGCGGCGAAGGUGGAGAAGGAGAGCUCUGCUGAGGAUGGAGGGAUGAGUGACAGCGAGCUCAGCUUCAGGGACGAUCAGAUCCUGUCAGAGCUGGGUCACACUAACGGCCUGUACGAGAGCGUCGGAGACGUUUCCGGGAGCAACGUGAUGAGCGGUGCUUUCUCGUUAGAGGCGGCGAGUCCUUAUUCACCCUCGUCCAUCAGCUCGCUGCCAGGACACGCCCACCUGCUCGGAGGUGUGGCCUUCAGCAUGGAGGGGCUGGCGGGAGCGGCAGGUCAGCCGCUCAGAGCCGUGACCUCUGACCUUUCCACGGGCAGCAGCACCGGAUAUCCAGACUUCCCCACGAGCCCCGCCUCCUGGCUGGACGAGAUGGACCACACCCAGUUCUGA